AGUCCAAUUUUGAGCAUGAGUUCUACGUGUAAACCGCAUUUAAAUUAGCUAUGGACUACAUAUACCAUACUGGCGCUGCCGUUUAACCCAAGGUGGGAAGAAGGAGAUCGGCAUGGCAUCAGGGCAUCUCGCAAAAGCCUUACGGGUUGGCUGCCGUAGACCCUUCUCGGUCAUACACGUUCACAGCCGUAUGCAUGGGACUGCGGUUGUCGCGCAAACUCAUGACGUGCAGAAUGACAGCAGAGGUGUAAACGACAAGAUUCUCACCCAGCCCUUGAAGCACCCUGACUACUUCCGCCUGUCAGAACUGUUUUCCCUAAAGGACCUAUUUGAGGCUAGGGUUCACCUUGGCCACAAAAGAGGCUGCAGACAUAGGUUAAUGGAGCCAUACUUAUUUGGUUGUCGGCUGGAGCAGGACAUUAUUGACCUAGAUAAAACAGUGGAGCACCUGCAGCAAGCGCUCAACUUCACCGCCCAUGUGGCAUACCGAGGUGGUGUGAUCCUACUUGUCAGCCGGCGCAGGCAGUUCGGCCACCUGAUAGAGAAUACCGCACGGGAAUGUGGGGAGUACGCCCACACUCGCUACUGGCAAGGUGGCCUGCUGACCAAUGCGCCUGUUCAGUACGGCCCAGGCGUCCGUCUCCCUGACCUUAUAAUCUUCCUCUCCGCCCUCAAUAAUGUAUUCCAGCAGCAUGUCGGCAUCCGAGAUGCCGCAAAAAUGAACAUCCCUACUGUGGGUGUGGUGGACUCUGACUGCAACCCUAGCCUGGUUACCUUCCCUAUCCCUGGCAAUGACGACUCGCCCUCCGCCGUGGAGCUCUACUGCAAGCUUUUUAAGAUGACUAUUAACCGUGCCAAAGACAAAAGGAAGCAGAUGGAGUUGUUACAAGGCCUCGUCAGCCUUAGCUCAUGAGAAUGUGGGGCUCCUGCGUAGAUUCACUCAGUAACCCCAAACUCACUCACCUUUAGUGACUCGAAAAGAGAGGCCCUGUGCUGGCUGUCCUAGAGGCCGUGUUAUGUCCAGUCUUGAGCAUUUCCUUUCAUUUCCUGUUUGAAUAAGACUGCCUUACAUAGGAUGGAAUGAUAUGAUAAAAAAAGCAGUGAUAUAAUGAUGUACCUUAUAUUAUUGUACAUUAUGUGCGGAAAGGUUUACUGCUGUUGUUUGCAUAUCAGCUUCUUAUUAUGUCAGCUGUCCUGAAUCAGAACUCAACAGGUUAACUUUAAUUAACCAUUUCUGUAUCCGGUCUUUUCAUUGUUUUGUGAUUUAGUUGCUUUAAAUGCAUGUUGAUUAAAUAUUACUUGUGCGUCACGGAAACAAAAAAUAAAAUAUAAUUAAAAGCUGUGUAA